UAUUGCAUACGAAAUGCAGUACAUUUUAUUUUAACUGCGCACAGAACUAUGCAACACUAUUCUAUUCUAGGCAAUAUUUGCUUCUCAUCCGCAUCCCAGGCAACAAUCACUGUCCUUAGCAUAUUUUGAAAUUACAGUUUGGAGGAAAGGGAGGAGAAAUGAUUCGGUUUCCCUAAAUUCACCUGUACUGCCGCCUCCUGGACGGACGCGCCUCUUAGCGCGAAUGGUGUAGUAUAAGCGCUCUAGCCAUAUAUGAGACUCAUCCAAAGCGGGAGAGCAGCGCGCAGCCGACGGGAUGGACAGGAGUGUGAUGCCAACGUUCAGUGCCCUCUUUCUGCUCGGGGUCUUACUGACGGGGACGGGAGCCACGGAGAGAAGCCGGGGAACAGGAAUGCUCGGGGAGAGGGACAAGGAAAACGGCGUGGAGAGCCCGUGCGAGGUUAAAACAGUAACAGUGUCUACACUGCCCGUUCUCCGGGAAAAUGAGUUCAGUUUUACCGGUGGAGGUUCGGGGAGUGUGGCUGGUGGUGGAGGUGGAGGAGGUGUCGAUGGUGGUACUGGUGGCGGCGGCGGCGGGGGAGGAGGGGAGUCUCAGCUCCUGCUCUUCGUCAGGACAGACGUACCUGGAAGAAUAUCUGUUUUGGAUGACCUCGACAACACUGCUUUGCCGUACUUCACGCUUGAGAUGUCCGGGACAGGAGCAGAGAUCUCCCUGGUGCACUGGAAGCAGCAGUGGCUGGAGAAUGGGACACUCUACUUCCAUGUGUCCCUGAGCAGCGCCGAGCAGCUGUCUCAGGUGACCCCGCCCCCAGCGCAAGAGCCCGCCCACGUCCUGCACGAGCACGUGCACCUGCUGCACAUCUCCGUCAUGGGAGGUCUGAUUGCUUUGCUCCUGCUGAUCCUCCUCUUCACCAUGGUCCUGUUUGCGAGGAGGCGCUGGUGCAGGCGCAGACGGGCGCCCCAGAAGAGCGCCAGCACCGAGGCCACGCACGAGAUCCACUACAUCCCGUCUGUCCUGCUGGGCCCCCAGGCCCGCGACAGCUUCCGGAACUCCCGCCUGCAGCCGUGCGGCUCCGUCAUCGGCAUGCCCAUCCGCGAGACGCCCAUCCUGGACAACUAUGACUGUGAGGAGGACGAGCAGCUGGAGCGGCAGCAGACCGACCACCUGCGCAGCCAGACCCCCGACUGCGCACGGGACGCCGAUGCAGGCUGGCAGGCAGGCCACACGCCAGGCGGCCUGGGGGACGAGGACCUGCAUCACAAAAUGGGCCUGGACAACAAGAGAGUCCUGGACUCAAACCAAGAGACGGUGGAGGCAUUGAUGCUGAAGUUUAAGGAGAGCUUCCGCACCAACACGCCCAUAGAGAUUGCACAAUUGCAGCAGGUCACACGCAGCUCUUCAACCGGGAGGAAGAGACGGCGCAGCCGCUCCAGAGGUGGCGGGGUGUAUGGGCACCCGGGAGAUUCAGGCUCAGAGGCAGACGAUGAGACACAGCUGAAGUUCUACACAGAACAACACAGGGGGCGCCGUCGCAGCAAAGGUUCUCCACGCAGCCCUGUGAACAAGCCCACUCUGACGCUUAUCACCAUUAGCACCUGCAUCCUGGCCGUGGUGUACAGCAGCCAGAUGUCCUGUCCCCUUACCGUGAGGGUGACCCUGCACGUCCCUGAGCACUUCAUCGCUGACGGGAGCAGUUUUGUGGUCAGUAUGGGCAGCUACCUAGACGUGUCAGACUGGCUGAACCCUGCUAAGCUGACCCUCUACUACCAAACCAACUCCACUUCCCAGUGGGUGAGGGACUACUGUGGCCAGCGAACCACUGACCCCUGUGAGCAGCUGUGUGACCAGGACACAGGUGAAUGCAGCUGCCAUGAGGGCUACUCCCCCGACCCCGUCCACAAGCACCUCUGCGUCCGCAGCGACUGGGGCCGCAACGAAGGUCCCUGGCCUUACGCCAACCUGGAGAAGGGCUACGACCUGGUUACUGGGGAACAAGGACCGGAAAAAAUAUUCAGGACCACAUACAGCUUGGGGCAGGGUCUGUGGCUGCCCGUCAGUAAGAGUUUUGUUGUACCCCCGGUGGAGCUGUCAAUCAACCCGCUGGCAAGCUGCAAGACGGACGUCCUAGUCACCGAGGAUCCCGGGGAUAUCAGGGAGGAGUCCAUCAUGUCCACGUACUUUGAGACGGUGGACGACCUGCUGUCCUCCUUUGGUCCCGUGCGGGACUGCUCCAAAGACAACGGCGGCUGCAAGAAGAACUUCAAGUGUGUGUCGGACCGGCGGGUGGACUCCUCGGGCUGCAUGUGUCCUGAGGGAUUGCGGCCAAUGAAAGAUGGCUCAGGUUGCUAUGACUACUCGAAGGGCACGGACUGUUCCGAUGGGUUCAACGGGGGCUGUGAGCAGCUGUGUCUCCAGCAGCUGGUGCCCCUCCCAGAGGACCCCACCUCCAGCAAUGUGCUCAUGCUCUGUGGAUGCGUGGAGGAGUACAGGUUGGCUCCAGAUGGCCGCACCUGUGUGUUACAGUCAGAGGUAUGCGAGGGCCCGGCUUGUCAGCGACACAGUACCCGCUUCAACAACACACUCUUCGGAGAAAUGCUUCAUGGCUACAACAACAAGACCCAGCAGGUGCACCUGGGCCAAGUGUUCCAGAUGACGUUCAGGGACAACAACUUCAUCAAGGACUUUCCCCAGCUGGCUGAUGGACUGAUGGUCAUCCCACUGCCUGUGGAAGAGCAGUGUAGAGGGGUGCUGUCUGAACCGCAGCCUAACCUGCAGCUUCUCACUGGAGAUGCCCAGUUCAAUGAGGCCAUGGGAUAUCCCAUGGUGCAACAGUGGAGAGUCCGCAGUAACCUGUAUAAGGUGAAGCUCAGCUCUAUCACACUGUCUGCAGGUUUUUCCAAGGUGCUCAAGGUGCUGAACGCAGAGAGCACUCGCGAGGAGCUGCUGUCCUUCAUCCAGCAGUUUGGCAGCCACUACGUCUCGGAGGCCCUCUACGGCUCCGAGCUCACCUGCACCAUCUACUUCCCCAGCAAGAAGGUCCAGCAGCAGCUCUGGCUCCAGUACCAGAAAGAAACCACCGACCUAGGCAGCCGGAGGGAGCUGAAGUCCAUGCCCUUCAUCACCUACCUGACCGGCCUGCUGGCCGCGCAACGGCUCUCGGAGGACCACCUGGUGGCGGGCGUGGAGAUCCGCUGCGAGGAGAAGGGUCGCUGCCCAUCCGCCUGCCACCUGUGCCGACGCCCAGGCCUGCAACAGCCCAGCCCCACGCCCGUCCUGCUGGAAGUCACCCGCAUCGUGCCCCUCUACAGCCUGGUGCAGGACAACGUCACCAAGGCGGCUUUCAGAAGUGCCACCAUGAGCUCAUACUGGUGUGCGGGGAAAGGUGACGUCAUCGAGAACUGGUGCCGCUGCGACCUGAGCGCGUUCGGCAAGGACGGCCUGCCCAGCUGCAGCCCACUGCGCCAGCCUGUCCUGCGUCUGGCCCCACACCUGGAGCCGUCCAGCACCAUGGUGGCACUGGAGUGGCUGGACGUGGAGCCCCUCAUUGGCUGCAAAGUGUCCGACUACAUCAUCCAACACAAGAAGGUGGAGGAUCCAUCAGAGGCUGAGAUUUACACAGGGGAGGUGCUGAGCUUCUCUGAUGACCUUCUUUCGGGGCUGGGCUCUUCAUGCAUCGCGGCAGGAAGACGUCACGGGGACCACGCCCACUCCGUCCUCUACUCCCUGGUGUUCAAGUGCUUGGAACCUGACAGCCUGUACAAGUUCACGCUCCACGCGGUUGACAGCCGAGGACGGCGCUCUGAAUCCAGCUUCGUCUUUGUCAGGACUUCCUGUCCCAUGGUGGACGACAUCAGAGCAGAGGAAAUCGCGGACAAAGUUUACAACCUGUACAACGGCUACACCAGCGGGAAGGAGCAGCAGACUGCUUACAAUACCCUGAUGGAGAUCUCUCCGCCCAUGCUCUACCGCGUCCAGCACCACUACAACUCCCACUACGAGAAGUUUGGCGACUUUGUGUGGCGGAGUGAGGACGAACUGGGGCCCAGGAAAGCCCACCUGAUUCUGCGCAGGGUGGAGAGGAUCAGCGAGUACUGCGGGACCCUCUUGCGCAGCGCCUACAUACAGAGCCGGACAGACACUGUGCCGUACGUCUUCUGCAGGAGAGAGGACGCGGCCCCCUCCGGGUCCAUGUGGCACAGCUCCCUGCAGGAGACACAAGUGUCCUGCACAGAGAAACUGAUGUCUGUCCCGCGAAACACGUAUGGAGACUCCAAACUGCGAUGAGAGGCCCCCCGUCCCCACCUGCGGCCCCCUCUACCAGCUCGUGGAGACCCUCCCCCCACCCUACCCCUGUGUGGCCUUUGCCUCCGACCCCCACUACAGCACCAUUUUGGCCUCUCUCCCUAGAAAAACUCGGACAACAGAAAUUCAUAACUGUAAAACUGAAAGAAAGAAAAAAUAAAUAAAAUGACUUUUGAGAUGAGUCUUUUUAUAUAAAAAAUAAGAUGUGGAGAAACAAAACAACAAAAAAAACUGAAGUAUGUUUAAGACAUGUAUUUAAAGUUAACACUGUUUUACAAAAAGAGAGCUGAAGGGGUGUGUUAAAAGGGCAUGUAAAUGAUCCUCCCCCCAGGUAGUAGAUGGUUGUUUGAGAACAGAAAUGAUGUCCUAAUGUAGUAUAGCAUUUUUUUGGUUCCCCAAGGUAACUUUGCAUAGUUUGUAUGUUAGGCCUAUGAAUACAAAACAACAACCAUCUACCCAACCAACCAGUCUACCAGUUAGCCAAUCAGAGCUACACAACGGCAGCGUGUGUUGAGGCAGGGACAGUCAGAGUAUUUGUUACUUUAUAAUACUUGAAUCUACGGGCACGGAGAAAACUUUGCACGCCCCACAGAGCUCUCGCUACACAGCACAGCGCAGAAGGGGUGCAGAGGGGAUGAUGUCAUUAGUGGCGGGGUACUUGAGCUGCACCGGCAAGCGGGAGCCUUUGGGUGAGAUCCAUUGAUUCUGCUCCUUUGUACGACGUGGUCUUUUACCGCUAACGUUUCUGUGAGUGAGUAAAGCAUGUGCAGGAUUGAGAACAGGAGGGCCUGCAGCCAAGAGGAAAGAGAAAAACAAUGGAGGAAGUGAAAACUGACGAGAAGAAUGUGAUGAUGUGUCGGUGCGGCAUAUUUAAAAAAUGAGAGCUAGUCAUUCACCAGUAAACAAUAAAGGAUUCCACUUAAACGUGUCAUUUAAAAAUGCAAAAAUCCUUAUUUUUUCUGUUGUAAUAUGGAAUUUUUUUGUAUUUUCUUUUAAUUUAUACUGGCUCUGAAUGUGCUUAUCUGAACAAACCGCAACAGCAACAGCGGGGCCAGCCCUACAAAUGUGAAUGUCUGACUGAGUGACUGAGUGAGUGAUGAAGUUACACCAUUGGUCGGCCGAGUUAUGAAGUUACACCAUUGGUCGGCCGGAUCACGUGUGUUAGGUCCAGCUAUAUACUAGGUUUUGACCUGGUCUUGUUUAGGUUGAUACCAUUUUUGAUUGAUCUUAUAUUUUUAAUGUAUUUAUUUUUUCUUCAAAUUUGGAGUGGCAUUGGUCUAAAUAGCUAUUUCUUUCACCGUAUAUUUUUUAAAUGAUAUAAUAUAAAAUGUGGUUAUGGUUUUGAUUAAGUGUCCUGUUAUAAGCUUGACGGAUAGUUUGAAAUGAAAAUCUGGUUUACAGUCAAAUAUAUUGAACUAAGUAAAUAAAGCAGCAAUUUGGAGUUUUUGAAAAAGUUUAUUUAUCUGUGUAACCACCAAGUUAAAUGACCUAAUUUUAUGAUUUUGUUUCUGAACUACUUUUCAUAUAUAAAUGUUUUUGUGCAUUAUUCCUCUUGGAUAGGCAAAAUGAUUUAUUUAAAGUUUGUGUUCUGGUAGUUGGCAAAGAUGGGGAAAUAUUGAAAUAUUGUAUGUUUUUAUUGUCAAUAUUCAGUAUUCUCUAUAUCCACAUUCUUUGCUUGAAUGAAAAAAACCGACUGUUAACAGAAUUGUCACAUCAAAUACAUUUCAUAUGGAGAAUUGAAUACAGUUUGUGAAAGAGCUUGUUACUGCAAGAAUGUUUGUGCCAAUGGAAUUACAAUACAAUUGGGUUACUCUAGAUGUUUUUUGUUGUCUUAAUAUCAGGGCAUCUAUCUCUAAGCUUAACUGUUUUUUUAAUUAAUUGUUGUUAAAACAAUUAAUUGUACAACUAGUUAAUCACAAUGACACUUCAUGUGUUAAAUAUUAAUAUCUAUUACUUGGCUUAUGCAGAUAUUAGGUAUCACUGAACACCACAGUGUCAUUUUUAUAUAGAAAUGGUGCUUUUAAAGAACAUAAUUACUUCAGAGAUUUGGAAGUUGGAAAAUGAUGGGAAGGACUGCCAUAAAACAAGAAGUUUUACUUGCGGUUUCAGUUUCUGUCAAUAAUGCUACUGGACUGCACUUCCUAGAGUCCUCAUGAAAACACCAAGGGCAUUCAGCAAGCACAGCAAUCCCAAACAUUCCCUGUUGUAACUCUGUAAACGUUACAUUAAAAAUGACAUCCCUGGCACCAAAUGUUCGGAUUCUUUAAGCAGUGACCAGCUGUGUGGCUGCAGUCAGAAGACAUUCAGAGAGCAUGUUUAAUCUAUUGUUUACUCACACUGAUUUGGGCCACGCAUCACUAACAUAGCUGUUAAUUCAGCAGUAUUGGCUGCUGAAGCACGCUAUAGCCAUUCAUGGGAGUGUCUGUCAUCAAGUUCAAUGCGUGCUUGUGUAGCAAACAUGAUCGUAUUGAAUCUUUUUCUCUGCAUAAGGAAACAGAAACGUUUCAUUAAAUGUAAAUGCAUGUUUAUGGAAAAUAGCAAAUAGCACAGUAAUAUUAAAAAUAAUGUGCACCAUCUUUCAAGUCAUUUAGAUGUUGUACACAUUUAUUGACAUGAAUCCUGGAAUCUGCAUACCACCAAGAAUGCAGUGUGAACAACUGCUUGGAAUGUACUUUUACAAUGCGUCGUUAUAUUUAUUUGUAUAUUUGCCCAGCUUCCUCAUAAUCAGAGGUAAUCAAUGCCCAUCAUUAUACAUAUAUUGAGAAAAUAAAAAUAUGUAUAGGUUGCUCAACAUAAGGCCACAAACUAUUUGGAUGAAGACUGGUAUGUAACAAUGCAUACUAUAAUUUUCUGUCUUCCCAAAUAUGCAGCAACACAUUCUAGGAAUUUAUAUGCCGUGACUUGCGUACUUGAGUUCCGGAACAGCAUUUCUUAUGUCAGCAACAAAAUUCCCUGCUUCUAAACAUUCCUGGUAAUGCUAAAUAUGGAUUUUGGAAAACAGCCCAGGCUGCAGUUGGAAGUUUCCCUGGUUGGCCAGUAGGGGGUAGUGCUCCCUUUCAACUAUACCAAAAAUGUUGGUACCACAGUCCUGGGAUCGGAACACUGUUCUAAAGGAGGUGCUGUCUUUUGGAUGAGAUGUUAUGCCAAGGUUCUGAUUUACUUGUCUUUAAUGAUCCCACAGCAGUAAUAAGGGGGUGUUAGCCCUAAUUAACCCACGCCUAGUUCCUAAUCUAGCCUUCUCAGUCUAGCCAUAAUAUUGUGGUCCACCGCAAAUGAGAACGUGGUUCUCAGUUGACCUUCCUGGUGAAAUCGAGGGUUAGUGUUUUGUGGUGAUGUGCUUUGCUUAAUGCAGCUAUUGAGUUCAAUAGACUGAGGAAUGUCAGGUUGAAGGUCUCUGGUGAGUGAGCAGAAUGGACACUUAUACAUACAUCCUCAAAUUGUGUUUUUAGCUGGAAGCAAGCACUGUGGGUUCUGGAACCCUAUUGUUUUAAUUUUAUUUUUUUGUAUGCCCUAAAAGUGUUUGCACAGCAAAAACUGAACAUCAUAGAGCAACCAAAUUUGGCAGGUUGGUUCCCAUUCUUACCUACUACUCAAAUAACAAAAAAACA